AUGUCAACAACACCGAACAGUGACAAAUUUCAGAAGAAGAUUGAUGAACAAGUCAGAGGUGAUGCAGAAGAAGAAAGUAAAGGAUUAGAAGGAAACAAUCAGAGUAAAGGAGAAGGCAGAAGCAAAGGAGUUGGAAAACAAGAUGAAGGUGCGGAAGGCGAAGAAACUGUAGAAGCAGGACAAGGAAAGAACCAAGAUGUGAACAAUCUGGGAGAACAAGAAGAAGGCAACGUCAAGGAAGGCGACAGCAAGACUGGCAAGCAAACACAAGGGAAGACACCCGCCACGAGGCAGUCAAAACGCAAGAAUGGACAACCACCGGAACUGAACUCACAGACGGUAGGACCAGUUCAAAUCAAGCGGCCGAAAGGGAAGAAUGCCACCAACCCCCCUCAAGCCAAUCCACCUUCAACAAACCCACCCCCUUCCAAAACCGCUCAUCGGAACAACCUCCCUCCCAAUAAUCCCCCGAAUAAUCCCCAAAGCCCUCCUGCCAAUAAUCCCCCCCCAGCAACCACCCAGUUCAUACUCAACAAACGAACCAUCCCGCUAGAUCAAUCGCUGGAAAUAAGCAGACCCAAUACGAUGAGUCGGAAGAAGAAAGUGAUGAUGACGAUAGUAGAUGGGUAG